GACUCAUUCACAUGUUUGUCGGUUUCCCAUCAAUCUCUUGUAAUAAUUCCAACGUACAAAAAUCUUAUUCAACCCAAUUUCUCCCGAUAUCCAAAUUUCGAAUCAUGGGUUUGUCUAAGCUGUUGAUUCUAAUUUCUGGGCUGCUCUUAGCUCUCACCGCCGUGGACCUCUCCGUAGCUCAAACCUUCAGGUGCAGCAGCUCCCCAAACUCAUGCCGUGCCCUUGUCGGGUACACCACCGUCAACAACACCAACCUCGGCGCUAUUCGAACGCUUUUCAACGUCACGAGCUUCCGGAGCCUGCUCGGAGCCAACGGCUUGCCUCCCUCCACACCGCCCAGCUCCGCCGUGGCCGCGCAACGGGUCAUCAGGGUCCCCAUCAAUUGCGUUUGUUAUAACGGGACCGGGACUUCCUACGGCGGCCCGACAUACACAGUUCAACCGGAUGACGGGCUCUACCACAUAGCGGCCGAGGUGUUCUCGCGGCUAGUUUUGUACCCGGAAAUCGCGGUCGCCAACAAUAUUUCGGACCCGAAUAAUAUCGAAGUCGGGCAGCGCCUACGAAUCCCGUUGCCUUGUAGCUGCGAUGACGUUGAGGGGCAGAGAGUGGUGCAUUACAGUCACGUGGUGAGGCCGAACAGUACUCUGGCGGAGAUUGCUCGGGAGUUUGGGGCCGAUGAGCAGACUUUGGGUCGGAUUAAUGGCAUCACCGCCAAGAACGAGUUGAAAGCUGAGCAACCCAUUGACGUUCCUCUCAGAGCUUGUAACACGUCAGUAAGAUCCGACUCAUUGGACUCUCCUUUGCUUGCUGCUAAUGGCACGUACGUCUUCACCGCCCACGGUUGCGUUAGAUGCACAUGUGAAGCUGCUAACAACUGGACGUUACACUGUGAACCAUCCGGAACUAAUAGGCCAUCCAGGUGGGAAAGAUGCCCAUCCAUGUUAUGCGAAGGCCUCCAAAUUUUGUCCCCUGGCAAUGUCAGCGUGUCGGGUUGCAGUCGAUUGACAUGUGCCUACGCCGGCUACAACAACUCGAGCAUCUUCACUACCCUGGUUCAGGACCGGGAUCCAACUUGUUUGAGCAACGAUGUCUCGAGAAUCGGUUCGAAUUGGAAUAUUGUUUUCAUGUUGAUAUUGUUUUGGUAUUGAACCCUAAAUAUAUAUCUCAAAACCCAGAGAAUUAGAAGACUGUAUGUGUAUAAACU